AUGAUCUCGCCAUCGCGAGCUCCUCGCCAGAGGAUGCUCAUCCUCGCGCUCCUCCUCGCGCCCUCCAUCUUCAUGUACCUAUACCAUAUCCUCCCUGCCAUCCGCAAGCACAUCUUGCAACACCCUUCGUCCUCCUCGUCGACCUCUCGUCUUGACUUUACCACCGAGUACCCUCCCAACCCAAACACCGGCAAUAUCUCCGUCAACCUCGUCCUCGCCACCGUCAGCAAAGACGAUAUCUCCUGGACCUCUAAACUGCACCAACACAUCCCCAACCUAAACCUCAUCCGCUACAUCAGCGACGACCCCUCCGCAACGUACCACCCGCCCGCCGCCAAAGGCCGCGAGGCCCUCAUGUACCAUACCUACUUCUACGAUUUCUACGACUCCCUCCCCGACGUCUCGAUCCUGGUCCACGCACACGAAACAGCCUGGCACGUUGACGCGGCACUGCGCUCGUCCAUGGUCUUUUCGCUGUCUCGGCUCGAUUUGACGGAAGCGCAGAAGCUGGGCUACGUUAACUUGCGCGCGAGUUGGUACCAGGCAUGUCCGGCGUGGAUCAACACGACCAAGACGCCCGAGGAGAGCGAGAAGCAAGAGGAGCCGUGGAUGGGGGAGGCGUUCCGGGCCAACUUCGGGCGGGAGGUGCAAACUCCCGAAAUUUUGGCCGGCCCGUGCUGUAGUCAGUUCGCGGUGAGUCGGGAAGCGGUGCGGAGCAGGCCGCGGGACCAGUAUAAGAGGAGCAUGGAAUGGUUGCUUGAGACGGAAUGGAGUGACUAUAUUGCGGGGAGGACGUGGGAACACAUGUGGGCGUGGUUGUUCAAGGAGGUGGCGGUGGAUUGUGCGGUCGAGUAUAAGAAGUUGUGCCGGAUGUACGGGGUGUGCUUUGAGGGGCAGGCAUCGUUGGAUUUGUUCAACGAUUUGUUUAAGGAAAAAGAGGGACUGAGAGAGGCGACGGAAUUUUGGAGAGAGCUAUGGGAUCCGGAUAAGGCGCAGAAGGCUAGGGAUAGGAUGGGUGAAAUUGAGGGAAUUUUGGAUAGGACUAUGGGUGAGGCUGUACGAAACGGAGGGGAUUACAAGGCACACGGCCUGUGGAAGAAGUUCAAUACCGUCGUGUUGCUCAAGGAGCAGGGCGUGCAAGACCAGGCCGACUUGGACAUGCUAAACAACAGGUGCUACCGGGCAGGGAGGCGGAUUCCUUGGGAAAGCGGCAUAACUGUAGUGACGCCUCUGAAUAAGAACCGUUGGAACCUAAACAUGGAGGCGGCGUUGUCAUUCCAAAGACAGCGCGGGGCCGUGUUGCAGAUCUUUCCAUCAGAUCACAGGUGGAAAGAUAGUGACCCGACGGAGGAAGAGGUGUUGCUAAUGCUCAGUCAGGGAGACGACAGUGCGAUUCCGGUCCCGGCCAUCUUCAUCUCCGUGCCGGGUAUGCCCGUUGUCGUGAAUCAAAACAACUACCAGGGCCUAAAAGUGGUGAAUGGCGCCGGAUACACGGCGGUGGACGUAAUCGUCGACAAGGCGCGCCCGGGCUACCACGUCGACAUCGACAUCAUAUUGCACUUCGGCCCGCCGGCGGGAAUCAUUCUCGAGUCAGAGACGACGAAAGACUUUGACUUCGUGGGCAUGGCGUCGGGCACGGUGCUUGUAACGCUUAUCAGCACUAAAAUCGAGCGCCACAAGAAGCGGCCGUGGCAGCAGUCGAACGUCGUCCGCAAGGGACUACCUUGCGCGGCAGCCUUCGCCUGCAAGGACUGCAAAGUACAAGGCAGGACGCUGGCGCAGAUCGGGCUGGAGCUGCGCGACACUAGACGGCAUCAUGCUGCUGUCAGAAGUGCAUGA